AUGCCGGUCCCUCCCCUACGAGCCCGCCCGCCAUUGGGCCUGCGGACAACUCCCGCACUCCUCCAGAACCUCUCCCGCAGCCCUCUUGCCGCCCGAACCUCCCCCAUCCUCCUCCUCCGGCAAUUCACCUCCUCCCCGGCUCCCCAACGCUACAACAACCACCGGCCCCCGUCCUUCUUUGCCCGCGCCCGCCACUCCUGGAACGACACAAAGGUCGAAUGGUACACCAUCCCCGUCGGCCUCGGCAUCCUCGUCGUCGCCCUCUCGCACCUGCGCAAGCGCGACUCCUCCACCUCCGCCACCUCCGCCGCCGCCAAUGAGGAAAAGCUAAUCCGCCCCAUGGGCGCCUGGCAAGUCCAAGUCCUGUCCACGCUCCCGCUCAAGGCGCUGUCCUACUACUGGGGCGUCUUCAACGAGAUCCCGCUGCCGACGUUCCUGCGCGUGCCGGGCUUCAAGCUGUACGCCUGGAUCUUUGGCGUCAACCUCUCCGAGGUCGGCGAAGACGACCUGCGCUCGUACCGCAACCUGGCGGAGUUCUUCUACCGCAGGCUGAAGCCGGGCGUGCGGCCCAUUGAUCCCCGUCCGGGGGCGGUGGUGUCGCCGGCGGAUGGGAGGGUGCUGCAGUUUGGCGAGGUGCAUGCGGGUGGCCUGGUGGAGCAGGUGAAGGGCAUGACGUACUCGCUGGAUGCGCUGCUGGGCGCGCCGGCGUCGGGGACGGAUACGUCGCCGAAUCCGGCGGAGCUGGUGAAGCGGAAACUAGAAGGGAAGAGCGUGGAGACGCAGGCGCGGUAUGGCAAGGGCGGAGAUGCGGACCGCGAGGUGACGCAUGUGGCGAGUGAUGAGGAGUUUGCGAAUGUCAAUGGUAUAUCAUACACUCUUCCGUCGCUACUCUCGGGGGACAAAGACGCCCACAACGCCAGUGGUGACGAAACCCCACAGGAUGUCUCACUCCCGCAACACACCACCACCUCCGCCGUCGCCACCGUCGGCCGUGAUCUUGCGCGCGGGAGCUGGUGGAGCGGCAGCAGCGGCGAUAAGCGCCUCUACUUCGCCGUCGUCUACCUCGCCCCGGGCGACUACCAUCGCUUCCACUCCCCCGUCAACUGGGUCGUCGAACGGCGUCGCCACUUCGCCGGGGAGCUGUAUUCGGUGUCGCCGUGGCUGCAGAGCCGCCUUCCGGGCUUGUUCACGCUGAAUGAGCGUGUGGUAUUACUGGGGCGGUGGAAGUACGGCAUGUUCUCCAUGACGCCUGUGGGCGCAACAAAUGUUGGCUCCAUCAAGAUCAAUUUCGAUCGCGAGCUGAGGACGAACAGUCUUACGCACGAUGCGACGAAGGCCGAUAGCGAAGGUGGGUAUGCGGAGGCGGUUUAUCGCGGGGCGAGUGCGCUGCUGGGGGGACAUCCGGUGCCCAAGGGUAUGGAGAUUGGCGGGUUUAAUUUGGGGAGUACGGUGGUGUUGGUGUUUGAGGCCCCCGCGCCGGGCCCAGAUGGGAAGAGGGGCUUUAGGUUCACGGUCGAGAGGGGCCAGUACAUCAAGUUCGGUGAGGCCUUGGGUGUGGUUGAGGACCCGUGA